UAAAAGGGAAAGAGAGAAGGGGAGAGAGAGGACCGCAGAGAGCUCGAACACAGAAAGAAGAAGAAAGAGAGAGAAAGAAGGAGAAGAAGAAGAGAAAGAAAAAGAGGGGUUUCGCGUAUUCUCGUCAUGGGAGCCUCGCCAAGCCACGUUAACUACGUAACGCAACGCUCGGAAUAUGAGUGCAUUGGCUCAAGUAACUACGUAGGUUGAUUUUCGACUUUUCCAGGUUCCUCGACUAACGAUGAGUAGGUACGAGAGCGAUAUGGAUGUGGGGACUUUUAAGAGUUGGAUUUUGGGAGCUUUGAGGCUGCGUCCUUUGGGUAGAAGGACGGCCGUGUCAUCCCCCAUUCUUGAUGGUUUUGGGGUGUGACACCAUCACUCUAUGGACUCAAAGUAUGACGUCUCAAGCACCCAACAUUUUCUCAAAAUAAAAAAUUUGCACUAUCAUAGGGAGACUUCGUCGAACAGCUGAGCUCAAAGUCCAUUUGGAUUUUCGGAUCCUUUCUUUCGAUUUCAAACAGUACCAAGUAAUCUUGCUAUAUCCUCUUUUCUUCUUGAGUAAGCUUUGAUCUCAUGAGAUCAAUGAGCAAGAGAAAUGACGAGAAUCCAUGAUAUCUGUUUGGUUGAGAAGCUUGCCAUGUUUGUCGAGCAAGAGGUGAAUCUAUUGAAAGGGGUACGUGGAGAAAUUGAACUCAUUAGAGAUGAAUUUGAGCGCAUGAAAGCCUUCUUAAAGCACGCUGAGUCAUCGAAAGACGAUGACCCCGAGUUGAAGGUAUGGGUGAAACAAGUCAGGGAUGUUGCAUAUGAUGUGGAGGAUAUUCUAGAUGAAUUCACGCUCAACUUGGCAAGAGAUCAUGGAGAUGGGGUCAUGAGGUACCUCCACAAGAUCAAGCUAUCCAUAAACAACUUGAAAGAGCGCCAUCAUCUCUCCUCCAAAAUAACAGACAUCAGGACAAAAGUUCUCAACAUUAGUGAAGGGCAUCGACGAUACCAUUUCAAGUCGUAUUGCACGGAGCAAAGUACGAGCGCAUCCAUUGGAGGCACCUCAUGGCACAAUCUUAGGGAGGACACUUUUCCAGUCGAGGAAGAUGAAUUGGUGGGGAUUGAUCAGCCAAGAGAAGAGCUUAUUAAGUGGCUUGUUGACGGAGAACCCGGACUUGAAGUUGUAUCAAUAUUAGGGAUGGGGGGUUCAGGGAAGACCACUCUGGCAGAAAGAGUGUACGACAAUCACCAAGUAAAAGCUUACUUCCAAAGCCAUGCAUGGAUUAGUGUCUCGCAAUCCUAUAAGAUUCAAAAUAUUUUGAGAGACAUGAUCGAACAACUUCAUGGAGAAAUUGAGCAACGAGCCCCACAAGGAAUAGAAUCCGCGAAUAGCGUGAGGCUCAAACAAAUAUUGAAAGACUUUUUGCGCCAUAAAAGAUAUAUCAUUGUUCUAGAUGAUGUAUGGAACUUGGAAGCACUAGAAGGUAUAAAAAGUGCAAUGCCCAAUGGCAGUUGCAAUAGCAGAAUAAUAAUCACUACUCGCAUGGCUGAUAUUGCUACUUUCUCAUCCAACCAAUCAAAAGUUUAUAGCCGUAAGCCCUUGUCUCCAGAAGAAUCAUGGUCCUUAUUUUGCAAGAAAGCCUUUCAUGGGAAACUCUGUCCUCCUCACCUAAAAAACCUUUCACAACAGAUUUUGAAAAAAUGUGAGGGUUUGCCACUUGCUAUAGUGGCAAUUGGUGGUCUUCUCUUUGCAAAAGAUGUCCAAGAAUGGGAGAUGAUUUCUCAUAGCCUUGCUAUAGAAUUAGAAAGCAAUGAUAGGAUGCAAAUUUUCAGGAAAAUUCUCAGCUUGAGCUAUAUUGAUUUGCAUCAUAACUUGAAAAGUUGCUUUUUGUACUUGGGUUUAUUUCCAGAGGAUCACGUGAUUGAGUGUAUGACACUCAUUCGUUUGUGGAUUGCAGAAGGAUUUAUUGAGGAAAGAGAACAUAUGACACGGGAGGAGGUUGCUCAAAGAUACCUGAACGAGCUUAUAAACAGAAAUUUGGUGCAAAUUGCGGAAACAAAUUUAGAAGGAGGGCUACAAACUUGUAGGGUACAUGACCUAAUGCGUGAAAGUAUCCUUUCUAAGUUAAAGGAUGAAAACUUUGUUUCGUUUUUUCAUUUGCAUCUGAGGAGAAAGUAG